AUGUCUUCCAUAGUGACAAGCAUCUUGAGCUCAACCGUAGGCUUGCUGUGGAACAAGGCUCGUGAUUCGACUGCGGCUAUACUUCAAGGCGGCGAAGUUCCAGAUGAAAACAUUCGAGAGAUUGUCGUGAGCGAGUUAAACGACAUCAAGACGAAACUUCAUGGUCUCUUGCGCAACAAAGACCUGCUUAGCAGCUACAAGUUCCUACAAGAAGGAGUAGAUUUAUUCAAUGUGUCGCUGAAUAAAUUGAAGCUCGAACAGUCUGGGAUCUUAAACGAAGCCUUAGAGCUUUCUCGCGCCAUGGGAAAGUUGAAAAUCAAUUCGGAUAAAGAGUUUGAAUCCACUAAAGAACGAUUCAAAGACGCCCGUAAGACAGCAACCCAUGCUUUUUCUAAUGAGACACUAAGCAUUAAAGAUAGGAUUUUCGCUGCGAAGCUACGAAUAGUUUCCGAAGUACUGGAAUAUCUCGAAAGCCCUGAAACCGCGAUUACAGGAUGUCUAUCGUUUCUGAAAAAGUUACAUAGCUUACCUACCAUUGAAGACACAUUCUCGGUGUACCUCAAUGGGGGGCUGAAGUCGUUACUGAAUAAAAGCGAGCGAGUCGAGAACGUACGGUCGGUAAUGCUGAUUAACGGUGUCUUAUUUCAGUAUGUUUCGAAAUUCAGCAGCAAGUUCUCCACCAUGCUCGCCUGGCCAACUAUUGAGCUUGCUGAUCGCAGUUUUAACCCAAUAUUAGAUUGGCAGGAGAUUUCGACAAGAAAAUCUAUUGGUGAUGAACUGACCCAACUUCCCAACGGACUGAUACUUAAUGAAGAAAUGGAUCCUAGAAAUUCUGCUGUAAACAGCCAUGGGGAUGUUAUUGUUGGAGAACAACCUGACAACAUCAAGAUUAUAAAUAAGACGGGCGAAAGCAAGGUGGUUGAAUUACAUGAAGCCAGUCAAGUUAAAGUUAUCGCGGAAAAUAUUGCAGGACUUGCUGUUGAUAAGAAUGACAAUGUUUACGUGGUGAGAUGGGUUCGAACAAGUACGGGAAAGGGCAGUGUGCUAAGUUACGUGUUGACUGUACUGGACGAGAACUACAAUGUAAAGCAGGACUCGCGCAGAUUGGAAUUUCUGGAGGUAUCAAAUUAUUAUGUGAAGAUCGCUAUAAACAAGAAUAAUAAUAUCAUCAUGAUCAAAGGCGGUGAUCCCCAGGUAUAUGUCUGUGACAAUACUGGAAAAUUAAAGCACAAGUUUGAAUUGCGAGGCUCACGUUAUGCACUCAGUUUGAGUAUUUGUGGGCAGGGUGAAAUCAUGAUAUCAUCAGGCGAUGACCAGGCUGUGCAUAUAUACUCCGGGGAAGGAAAUUCGAAGUCAACAAUAAAACUACCAGAAGGUCACGCAGUCCGUGAGUUGGCAUUUCAUUAUGUCAUUUGUAAAAUAAUUGUCUUAACCUAUGUGGAGAAAAAAAAUUCCAAUUUUCUUCUGUGCUACACUAAAGCAGGUGAACUGGAGACCACAACGUUCUUUUCCAAGAGAAUUAGCGGUGAAUAUUGCCCCCGAAUUAAGUCUCAUCCAAGUGGUCCUGUUGCUAUUGUUAGGGGGAAAAGCACCAUUUUCAUUUAA